UGCAACAUGUUUGAUAAAAUGCCUCAGAGAAAACGGUUACCUUUUCUACAGUCAUUGGUCUCAUAACACACGUAACCGUACCAAGUUGGCGGUAAUGGCUUGUAGAUUUUGGGAGUUGGGAAAAUCCCAUUUCAGAGCCAACAAAUCAUCACCUUUCUACCUGAAUUCAACGUUUUAUCACCCUCCAAAGGACGUUUUGGACUUGCAGUGGUAUCAGAAUGAGUUUCCAAAGGUCACGGAGUUGGCCCAUUUGCUUGCAAAUGUGGAUGCAAUUAAUGGGAGACUCGUUGAUAUAAAUACCAAUUCCACUGUUUUUGAUGAUAAAAUGGAGCAUGAGAUGGGUACCUUCAAAUCCCUUGUUCGGGUUUUUGUUGGCUCUCCAUUUGUUCAGCACAAAAUGAAACAUAUUCUGGCCUCCACCUCCACCACAAACAUACAACAACAUGAACCUUUCACCCCAUUUGGCAAAGCAACUGAAAGAGAACCUUUGGUGGUUGAUUCACUAACCAAAGUUAGCAACUUUCUCAGUGUUUCUGCUCAGCAAAGGAAGUUGAUUCGUCUAAGAGUGUGCCCUCAGGUUACACAGCACCGUAUAUGGAGUGGUGCACUUAAAGAAGUUCUGAAUAGUUUUGCUGUUGACUUGGAUUGUUUGGGUUCUCGGGGAUGGUUAAGCGAACGUGCUUUAUUGGGUCACCAAAUUGUUCAUAGCUGCUCGAAGUGUCUGACUCAAACUGCUGUUUUUGCUGAUCCUGAGUCUUCUUCUUGGAUGAAGCUUUCACCUUCUAAAACAGUUGAUUCGUCCGAGUCCCAGAAAUGGGAAGAUGUUCUCGUCAUGUUCAAUGAUCUUAUUGAGAAUUGUAGAAGUGAAGCAUGGUUGAAGUUGCGUGUAGCAAAGGCUGAGGUCAUGAAAGAAGGGCUUUUGCAAAUAAGGGACGUUGUAAUGGACAACAGUGUUGGAUAUAAGGAAGCUCAACAUCAAGAGAACCUGGUGAGAAAGAAGCUUUCCAAAACACUGGGUUACUCGUCGCGGUGCUUAUUCACUCUGUUGCUGUAUUACCUCUAUGGAAGAGUUGCAGACAUUGAGGUAGAUAUGUGUGGUGGUAUAUAUGCAAAUGGAAAGGAUGGCGAUUCUCGCUUGUUUAUGGGAAGAAUUUUGACUUCAGAUAGUGAGAAAAUGGUUGGGCGCAGUGUGAAGCAGCUGGACCGAGUGCUUGGGCUUUUCAAGUUUGUUUGGGAAAUGGCUGGACUGAAGGGACAUCUGGACUUACAGGGCCAUAUGUGGUGUGUUGGAGCAGGCACUAGGAUGCUUAGGUAUAGAGGAAACACAUACUUUGUGCAUGGCAUUUGCCUUUGA